CUCAAGAUACAGAAAGGAAGAGAGAGCAAAAAGCCUAAGUAUGGUGAAUGCAAUGAAGAAAGGUGGCGGAGAAGAUGACAGCAGCUUCAACAAAUAUGCUUCUGCCUGUGCUUUGGUCGCUUCCAUGAUAUCCAUUAUAUUCGGCUAUGAUACGGGUGUUAUGAGUGGAGCUAUGAUAUUCAUAAAGGAAGACCUGAAAAUCAGCGACACUCAAGUGGAGGUUCUAGCAGGAAUCCUUAACUUGUGCGCAUUAGUAGGAACUUUAACUGCUGGAAGAACCUCUGAUUACAUAGGUCGCAGGUACUCCAUCGCCCUCGCCUCCAUCCUCUUCCUGCUCGGUUCACUUCUCAUGGGCUACGGCCCAAACUACUCCGUUCUAAUGGUGGGAAGGUGCACUGCUGGUAUUGGAGUAGGCUUUGCCCUUCUCGUGGCCCCUCUUUACUCUGCAGAAAUUUCUUCUGCGUCGUCCCGUGGUUUUCUCACCUCCCUUCCCGAGCUCUGUCUCGGUGCAGGCAUCCUUCUCGGCUACGUCUCAAACUACUUCUUCGGCAAAUUACCUUUAAAACUUGGUUGGAGAUUGAUGCUGGGUAUCGCAGCCAUUCCUUCCCUUGCUCUAGCUCUUGGCAUCCUGAGAAUGCCAGAAUCCCCGAGGUGGUUGGUCAUGCGAGGCAAUCUAGGAAAAGCCAUGAAAGUCUUGUUGCAGAUUUCUAAUACCACAGAAGAAGCUGAACUCCGCUUCAAGGAUAUAAAAGUCGCUGCCGGCAUUGACGAGGCUUGCCAAGAGGACGUUGUUCAGGUUUCUUCACAGUCCCAAGGUGAAGGUGUUUGGAAAGAGUUGAUCUUAAGGCCUUCGCCUUGCGUUCGAUGGAUGCUGAUUACAGCCGUGGGGAUUCACUUUUUUGAGCACGCGACUGGCAUAGAGGCCGUGAUGUUAUAUAGCCCAAGAAUCUUCAAGCAAGCUGGCGUCACCUCUAAGGACAAGCUUUUGCUCACAGUGAUCGGAAUCGGUGUUACAAAGGUUGUCUGUUUGAUCAUAGCGACAGUGUUGCUGGACAAAGUCGGAAGAAGACGCCUCCUGUUAAUCAGUCUGGGGGGAAUGAUCUGUGCACUUUCAGUCCUGGGACUGAGCUUGACGAUGGCAGAUCAUGCUGCAGAGAUGCUCGUAUGGGCCUUGGGUCUCAGCAUAGCGGCCACUUACACUACAGUUGGGUUCUUUAACAUUGGGCUUGGGCCGGUCACUUGGGUGUACAGCUCAGAGAUAUUUCCUUUGAAGUUGAGGGCACAAGGGGCGAGUAUUGGAGUAGCCGUGAACAGGGUGGUGAAUGCGACAGUUUCUAUGAGUUUUAUUUCAAUUAACAAGACAAUUACUAUUGGUGGGAGCUUCUUCAUGUUUGCUGGAAUAUCUGCAUUGGCUUGGGCCUUCUUCUUCUUUUUCCUACCAGAAACCAAAGGCAGGUCAUUGGAAGAGAUGGAGAAACUUUUCACUAAAAAUAAUAAUAAUAAUUGUAGGAAUGUAGCCUCUGAAACUGAUCCAACACAAAAUGUUUAACGAGUUUCCUUGGUGAGAAGGAACCUUUUAAUAUUUCUGCAAUUGAGACAGCAAGCGGGGGCAAGCACGGGUAGAGGUCUGUGACGGCAAUUGUUCCAACGAAGUUUUUUUCCCCACUCUUGAUAUGCAUUGAUUGUAUCGAUAUUUGAUAAUAUUACUUUUUAUA